GGUGCCAUUACGAUUACUUUCCCAAUAUCUCUUCCCAAAAGACGUAUAACAUGUCCGCCGAUAUUCUGGCAUCCGUCGAGAAAAAUCCGAGAGGCAUACCAAAAGCUCCGUUCGUCGCCAAUGUAGAGGAGUACGUUGGAGGGCCUGACGCGGAUGUCGAACCCACUCUACGAAAGAUUCAAGAUGCUCUAGCCAAGUAUCGUUACAUGGACUCGAAUCUGCAGCAACGACGGACAGGGCUGGAAGACAAGAUACCCGACAUCAAGAAGACGCUUUCAAUGGUUGAGUUCUUACAAGAGAGGCGAGAGGGAAAGAAGAAGGCCAGUGACGACGACGAGGAUGAGGUAGAUCUAGAGGACGAUGCGCAAGAUGAGAAGAAGCCUUUGACCACUACAUUCGAAUUGAAUGACACGCUCUAUGCUGAGGCGCAGCUGGAAGACACGGACACGGUCUAUCUAUGGCUCGGGGCGAACGUGAUGCUCUCGUACAAACUACCAGCAGCCAUCACGCUAUUAGAAUCGAAACUCGAGACCGCGGAGAGCAGUCUCAAGAACACGGUGGAAGACUUGGAGUUCCUGCGAGAGCAGAUAACGGUGAUGGAAGUGAAUACUGCGCGGGUGUACAACUGGGACGUCAAACGGAGGCGCGAGCGGAGGGCGAGAGAGGCAGCAGAGGGAAAGUCUGGGGAUAGCGGCUAAAAAGCGAAAUAAAUUAUAUCUCCCUUUCAUGUGUAUGCUCCUACUUACUGCAAAUCUAAGUCCAGUUACAACGAAACGGCAGUGAGAGGAGUAGGUG